AUGAGACGAUGGAUUUCUACAAGUAGAAGCAAUCGUAAAGGGAUCAACCCGGGCUGUUACCAAUGCUCCAUUAGUUGUGGCUCAGCGCAUGAGAGUGCAGAGGAUCGGUUGGUAGCUGCGCUGGGUAGAGUCUGGGACAUGCGGGCUGGACAAGCAUCUACUUCCGAGUCAUUGCAGCCCCGUGUUCAGCAGAUGCAGUCUCAACCUAGUUAUCCGUAUAAAAUUGACGCCCAGCGGGAUACCAGGGGCAUUACCCGCCACCGCAACAGUCAGUGGGGGCCCGACCCUAAUGGAGCGAUCUGUUGGACCUGCGGAAAGGGGGGACAUACUUCUCGAGAAUAUGGCAAUAAGCCACUUCCCCUAUAA